GUGAUGCCACGGCGGGUGGUGGUUUAGUGGAAUAUUUUUUACUUCAUUAUGCCGUGGUGUUAGUUCGGUUAACCUCGCUGGUCAAGAGGAGUCACCGAAGAGCAGUUUGUUUGCGUUGAACAAUAAUUAAGAAUAGUUGGACUCAAGAUGGGCGUUAACCAGAGCAACAGGUGCCUCCCUAUCGACGGGACCUCCGUGUGGGUAAAAUUUGAGGACGACUGGUUCGCUCAGGGCGUGUCAAGGCUGGCCUACAGGGGCACCUACCACGGUGACCUCGAACUAGAGGGGGAAAUGUGCGUGGUGAAACUGUAUAAAGAGCAGUGGUGUGAAAUGCUGGGAGAGGUAGCCUACAAGGCCGAUAUCCGGGCGUCUUUCAAAGCCCACGAGAUGGCUCAAAUAUUCAACCGCAAGCAUCGGACCAACAAACCGAUCCAGUUCGUCCUGCCCAAAGUCUCCAAGAUCGAUAACUCAGCAGCCUUCAAGUUCCUGGGAUUUAUUCGGAUCCCCAGGAAAGUUAAAGGCAAGUUGGCGGGAACUAAGGCUUCCGCUACCGAGAUGAUCCCCAAGGGAGCCAGCGUGGCGAUUGAGAGGUACCUGGAGGGCGAGUACGUCAAGUUCCUCAGCAACUCGUCCUACGUGAACCACAACGUGGCUGCCUUUCUCCCAGCGGCUUUCAGCCACUUCACUUUCCACGAGUCCCGCGGGUCGAUCCUGGUGUGCGAUUUGCAGGGAGUGCGCGGUCAACGGAGCUACGUGUUCACCGACCCGGCCAUCCACAGCCUGAACAAGGGGAUCGGCUUCUACGGUCCCACCGAUCUUGGAGUAUUCGGCAUGAUCAAGUUCUUCCAGAACCAUCACUGCAACCCGCUCUGCAGAGGGUUUGUGACCCCGGACUUGUCGAACAUUCCGAGAGACGCGGCAGCGGACGUCAACCGCGUACUGCAGGCCAUCCGCGUGAGGAACGGAUCGACGUUCACGCACGAGCUGCAAGGGACCGGUGUCGGCCUCGCCCGCUUAAGUCAAAUACAGGAGAUGUUUGUUACGUCACAGACCAACGGUGCAAACACCCUCAUCCGCAGCAACACGAAUGCUCAAGGUAAUUCGUCCCGUACUCGGGCGAUAGCCAAUCCGACAGCCAGUCGCAGAAACAUCAGACGCCCAACCCCGAUACGAAGGUAUUUAGAAGCCCUUGCAAGUCUUGGCUCGCAGGCAAGCCCACGAUAAUUUUAAUCAAUUUGAAAAAAGAACACGCCAACUCUCUCAAAAUUGGCAGAAUUGUUUACAAGUGAUGUCACAGUUCCAAACAGUCAAGAAAAUGUCUCUAUAGACCUAAGUAUGUUAAGUUAGGCUAAGCCUGCAUUUUUUUGGGAAAUCUGUGGCGUCGAGACGCCACAACCGUCCUGUAAAAAAAAAAGAAGUGCACUGUUUUUUUAUUCCAGCUAACAAAAAAAUGAUUUGCCAACCUACCUUAUCCAAAUGUUUUCCAGAAACAAUGUUGUUCAUGCAUAUUUAACCCGUCAAUCAUCUCAGUUUCACUUACCAAUUUCCCGAACUUCCUUUGACAAAAAAGGAUUAAACUUGAAGGACCCAGAUUUUGGAAUUCGUUAGAUAAAUCCUUACAAGGUUUAGCAUCUGUUUCAAACUUUAAGCCUAAAUUUAAACAGUUAAUUCUCAACAAGUACUCUUGCUCAUGUAAAAAAAAAAUCUUUUUGAUUCUCUUCAAACAUUUAUGUUUUAUAAUUCAAUUCAUUGUUGUAACUCAUGUGCUUAUCAAUCAUUUUAACGAAUUGUUGUGGUUGGAUGUUCAUAUCUUUGUAAGAAUCUAGCAUUUGCGUUGAUGUAAAUUUUAAAUUUCACCCUUAGUUCACCAGUUUAUUUGUUUGACUUGUCCUUGUAAUGUAUUUGUUUACCAUUUAAUUCCUUGUUAAUGUUUUGCAGGGGAAUCGCACUCCAAAAGCUUUGCUUCUUGCGGGUCCCCUCCAUUCCUUCUUCAUAUUUCUUAACACCACGAAAAUGUGUUUACUUUGUCAUAGUUUUGUAUAAUAAUCAUAAAGUGGCUAAUCAUUGUAGCUGUACCAAUCUUGGAUGGAAAUAAAGUCAAGCAAAGUUAAAGAAUGUAUUUACAAAGGCUAAGAUAAAACCAAAAGAACAAAACCUAACAACAAAGGCCAAUAACCAACUUAAACAGACUCAAAGCCUCAAAACUAGACACUUACAAUAAAAAGAGCUAAUUAAUGUUUCAAAAUCUAGGAUAUGAAAGCCCAAUUCAUAUAAGCUUUCGUUUAGUACAAGAAUCAUUCAA